AUGGUUAAAUCUGCCGGUACGAAGUUUGAGAAAAAGUAUUAUGAUCCCGGACACGAGGCCGGUUACGCCGGUGCUCGAAAUCUCCUCCGUGUCAAUACUCGAGGCAAAUCUUUAACCGACAAAGAAAAGAAUCGCAUCUACGAGUGGCUGAGCAACCAGGAUACGUACACACUUCAUCAUCCGAUAUGCAAAAAAUUUUCAAGAUUGCACUAUAACGUCACCAACAUUGACGACGUUUGGGAGGCAGAAUUGUGUCAAUUAACCGCGCUCAAAGAAGCGAAUGACGGAUUCUGUUACAUACUCGUCGUCAUAGAUGUUCUCAGUAAAUUUGUAUGGGCCGAACCCUUACGCGAUAAAUCAGCUCAGACAGUCGCUACAGCCAUUGAAAAAAUUCUCAAACGAGCCGGUAAUCGUGUGCCUCAGUGUUUACAAUCGGACAAGGGAAAAGAGUUUACAGGUAGCGCUGUUCAAAAAAUUCUCAAAAAAUACGACAUUUCUUUUCGCACCGCCCGAAAUCCGGGUAUCAAAGCGGCCGUAGUUAAACGCAAAAUUGUCGACGCAUACAACAACACGAUUCACACGUCUACAAAUAUGAGGCCUGCUGCGGUUAAUCUCUACAAUGCGCACAAAGCCCGCAGCAACGUAGAGCAGCAGUGCCACGCUCGUGAAAAGAAGCACCCGAUACAGCCUAAAUACCGUGUCAACUACUACGUGCGCAUCAGUUGA